GCUGGACUCCUCUUGACUUCGGCGAUUGUAGAGGCGAGUGGUAUUUUACAGUAUUCUACGAUUUUGGGGAAAACCAACCAAAGGUGGAUUUAAAACAGUCCCAAGUAUGAUGCGUUUUUAUUUUGUUUGAUCUGGAACUGGCAUUCGUGUGAGCUGGUUUUGCUUUGACGAGUCUUUGAUGAGAAUUUACAACCACGUUAGGAGGGAUGGUGGUGUUUUUGAUUUGACGAGUGAUUUGAUGAUGCGUGAUUUGACGAUUGAUUUGAUGAUUGAUUUGAUAAUGCGUGAUUUUUGAUGAGCAAUCACAAACCGUCUUAGGAGGUUGCUUGCUUGCUGACCCGUCGUCUUGGCAGAAUAGUAAAGAAAGAGGUACAGGAGGUUCCAUACGCGGAUAUGCAUUAUUCCGGCGUGGGAUCGAUUCUGUCGUCUUCCGUUGAAGUAAUGAUGAUGAUGAUGAUGAUGAUGAUACGCGGGAGGUGCCCUCGGUGAAGUCACAAGCAAUAUGAGUAUAUGCGGAGGUGUAGGUGGGGUUGAUGGUCGGUACUUGGUUUAUUUUGCAAGCCCGGAAAUUCUGUCGCAGAAGAGUUUUUCCCUCUGAGCAUUUUCGCCAAGUUGAGUUGAGAGAAAGAUUGAGUACCGAGUGAUUCUCGAUCGCGAUCCCGACAGCUGGGAGGGAGUGUUACCCUUGGAUUCUUCAAUGAAAGCGUGAGACGACCCGUAUCUAGUCUAGAUCAAGUGAAAGGGGGGUCCAUCAUGGCGGAACAUCGGGACAACGAUUUCCCUGACGGGUGUGAAAUGGAUCCGUAUGUAGAAAAAAAAAAGAGAGAUUUCCAACUCGAAGGCUGAAAGGGAUCUCGGCGCUGAUCUGUAAGGUCCUGUUGUUGCAGAACCGGGAUCGGGAUCUCACCGUUCUCAGGAUUUUUGUCCGCUCCCCCCCCCUCUUCCCCCCCCAACAACAUGAAACAUCAGUCGAAACUAGAAUGCUCCGCGGUACAAAGCACACGAGAUUCGAGUACAAGUAAGGGCCUCGCUCCACUACUGAACAUUUGACAUGCAUCCGGACUCUUUUACGUACCAGAUCCAUUCCGACCGAUCGAACAUUGUGAAUGUGUUGGGACGAUUUCCAGCUCCAGUGCGCUUAGCAUGCUGUGCAGUGGAGACAGGCCCUGAGGCCCUAAGAUCCUGCUUGAGGGGGUGGGAGGGUGAUAUUCCUCAAGACAAGACAAGACAAGACAAGACCACUGGCUGGACUUCUACGACUGAACCGACGACCCUGCGCUACACCCCUCCCGCCUCCUUACCUUUCUCUGACGCCCCUUCGGCUACGACCCCCACCUGGUCCUGUUGGUAUUGGGAUGGGUGCAAUCCCGAUCCCUGCGACCACGGUAUAUGCCUGGAAAUAAAAAUGGCGGAGGAGGCCUUCAGUGUUGCUGAUGAACGAUUAAGGCCGUAUUCACACUAGGACUUCGCGGAAAUCAUCUGACCUUUUUCACCGUCAGAUUCACUUGCGCAGGAUGACCUGAUAAGCUAGAGUGUCGUUUGGAAGGACGUCGACUUUGACCUAUUCCCGAACGUGAAGAGAGCACUCCAGCUGUGGCUUGCUGGUGUGCAAUCCCUGGUCUUCUACACGUGGAUUGCGAUCUCAUCUCUGAGAGUCCUGGUUCGACGGCAAAGGGAACGAUGAGCAUGCUGGUAGAGAAUGCCUUGAUUGAUCGAGUCCUGGAUUGAUUGAGCGGUGAUGGUGAGAGAAGGUGGCGGUGUACAACGGUUUCUCUCACUUCUUCCCCUUUUUUUUUUUUUUUUUUCCGUGUGUCCCCUUGCCAGUUUGCGGGCCUCACUGCACCUGUCAGCAAGUGUAGAGACUCUAGAGAGUGAGAAUGAAUCUUCCCCUAGAACACGGAAAAAUUCGUCGUUUGUGGUGGGUGGUGGGGCGGCGAGUGCCUGACUUGCGUGGUGGAUGACUUGCAUUUGCUGGUGGAUGGGAUGUGCUGCACGUCGUCUCCUUUGCGGGGCGGGCGGUCGCACGUGGGGAGCCCUCCCCGCUCCCGCGAAAAGCCAUGCACUGCACAAAGACUCUUUUGGUGCUACAGAUUGCAAAGAAUGUUUCUCAGGGCAUACUCACACUCACUAGGACUUUUUUGUAUGAGGUUCUGCCCGCGAUUGCGGUCAGAUUCAGCCAGGUCCACACAACGUCGCGGUCGGAUGCCAUUUUGGAAAGUGCAGGUGUGCAAACGCGCCGCCCUGAGAAGCCGGAGACAGCAGACAGCAGCUAAACCUGUCUUUUAUUCGCUUGUUGUGCUCUGUUCCCUUCAAAGAAUGUUCUGCAGAAACAGCAGAUGUCUUUUCAACGCUAUCUCCUCUGGGAAAUGUGAGUCUACAGCCCGAUGGGGCUGAUUUUUUGGUGGAAAGUAGUUGUGGUGUCAGCGCUCUUCUCCUGCGAGAAUUGUGAGUGUGCAGCCAAAUGGUGCCUGAUGUUUUGGAGGAAAGUAGUUGUGGCGUCAGCGCUGUUCAUGCGCCGAAGGCGGUGGGUGUGUCCGUCAGCGGUUCAUUGCACCAAUGAUGGCGGUGUUGCCUGUCUGCGGUUUAUCGCGCCAAACAUGGCGCUGUGCCGGUCAGCGGUUUAGACAUCAAGGAAAGGAAUCCGGCGUGUCGGUCAGUUGUUCGUGGACCGCCAGGGCGCGGCAAGAAAAUGCGCGGUUGGUUUGGGUCAGACACUAAAGAUGAAAGUGAGGCAGUCGGCGGUACAUGGCGCUGUGCCAGUCAGCGGCUUAGACACCAACGAACGGAAUGCGGCGUGCUGGUCUGUUCGCGGACCGCCAGGGCGCGGCAAGAAAAUGCGGGGUUGGUUUGGGUCAGACGCUAAAGAUGAAAGUGAGGCAGUCGGCGGUACAUGGCGCUGUGCCAGUCAGCGGCUUAGACACCAAGGAAAGGAAUGCGUCGUGCCGGUCAGCUGUUCGCGGACCGCCAGGGCGCGGCAAGAAAAUGCGCGGUUGGUUUGUGUCACACACUAAAGAUGACAAUGAGGCAGUCGGCGGUACAUGGCGCUGUGCCAGUCAGCGGCUUCGACACCAAGGAAAGGAAUGUGGCGUGCCGGUCAGCUGUUCGCGGACUGCCAGGGCGCGGCAAGAAAAUGCGCGAUCGGUUUGUGUCAGACGCUAAAGAUGAAAGUGAGGCAGUCGGCGGUUUACGCACCCAGGAAUGCGGUGUGCCAGUCAGCGGUGUUCAUGGACCACGACCGGGGCGUGGCCGGCAGUGCAAGUCAUCUGCUCCAUAAAUAACUGUAGAAAAGUCUUUGGUGUGAGGGGGGAGGGGUUAGGCAUCAGACCCUCCCCCAGCCUACUUAGCCUAUUGGUUAGGCAUCUGCCUGGCAAGCUCUAUGGGUUGCAUGUUCAAUUCUCUGAUUCAACUCGCACGCCAUGAAACUUGACGGCAACAUAGUGAAAAAAGUGCAGUCUAUAUGUCAUGCGUUUGGAAUUUUGGAGGUGCAGGAUGUUUUUUUUUUCCACUUUUUGGUGAUGAUGAUGAUGAUGAUGAUGAUGAUGAUGAUGUACAGACUUGUAGUAUUGAUCAACUCCAGAAAAAGAUGGAAAAUGUUGUUCUCAGAGCUGCUAGUUCUACUUCAAAAAAGAGCAGCUAGUUCUACUUCUAUGCAAAAAAAAUGUCCGAUUCAUUCCUAGAGGACGCUGUGCCUGGUGUUUGCCUGACAACCCAUAGGCUUAUGCAUUGCACGGCGUUAGUUUUUCUGUAUUAUUGUUAAAAAGGUGUGUCCAGUUGUAAGGGCAGGCUGGCACUAUGUCACUCUAUGGACUCGGCAGCUCUGGACGCGAUCGCUGUCACAUGCAUUCAGCUGUGGACGUAAUUGCUGUGAGAUGCAUUCAGGAAAGUGCUAGUGUGAGUAGCCCCAUCACAAGGCUGCUGCAAUCUGCAUUCGUUUUCUGUCAUGGACGUUUUCUGCUGUCGUGGUCGUUGUGCUUUUUCUUGUCCCUUCAACUGUUGCCAUCCGCCAAGGUUUUGAACGCAAUGCAUCUGGACCGAGC